CGCGUGUCUUGAAGGGGGGCGGGGAGCGGCGGUGAGACGGUGGGUUUCCUCCACCGCGGGCACGCGAACGAGCUGGGGAUCUUGGCCUCCCGGGGAGGUGCCCUCGGCCCGGCUUCUCCGAGGCCAUAUUGUGUGGGAAGAGGCUCUCAGCACCAGCUCAGCCAUGUGGACCCCAGAUGAGAUUGCGCGCCUGUGUUACGAGCACUAUGGGAGCAGGCUGCCCAAGCAGGGGAAGCCUGAGCCCAACCGGGAAUGGACGUUACUGGCAGCCGUGGUGAAGAUACAGCUUGUAGCUGGCCAAGCCCGUGACUGCCCUGACAAACAGGUCCAAGUGACAAAGGAAGUUGUCUCAAUGGGAACAGGAACAAAAUGCAUAGGCCAGUCCAAAAUGAGGAAGAGCGGAGAUAUCCUCAAUGAUAGCCAUGCUGAGGUCAUAGCCAGGAGGAGUUUCCAAAGGUACCUCCUCCAUCAACUUCACUUGGCGGCCACCCUGAAGGAGGGCAGCAUCUUUAUCCCAGGGACUCAGAGAGGACUGUGGAAACUCCGACCAGGCCUUUCGUUCUUAUUUUUCUCCAGCCAUACGCCCUGUGGGGAUGCCUCCAUCAUUCCAAUGCUCGAGUUUGAAGAUCAGCCUUGCCAUCCUGUCAGUAGAGAUUGGGCCCAAAACCCACCAAUGGAAGCCCGUGGUAACCUGGAAGCUACUGAAGAUAAAAGGAACUGUGAAGACCCAGACGGUCCCGUGACCAAAAAAAUGAGGCUUGAGCCCGGAACUCCUGACAGAAAAGUCACCAACGGUGUGGCUCACCAUCAGAGUUUUGGCAAUCAGGGAAGUGGCCCAAUCCUACCGAGUGUCAGCAGCUCUAACAUCACCUCAGAGGAGCCGGCCGCUGUUCCUGGGAUGGCCCCCAGGGGUCCCAAAGUGGUGGAUGUUUACAGGACCGGAGCCAAGUGUGUGCCUGGCGAAGCUGGGGACCCGGGGAGGCCUGGUGCUGCGUAUCACCGCGUAGGGCUGCUCCGCGUGAAGCCCGGCCGCGGAGACAGGACUUGCUCCAUGUCCUGCAGCGACAAGUUGGCGCGGUGGAACGUCCUCGGGUGCCAGGGGUCACUGCUGAUGCACUUCCUGGAGCAGCCUGUGUACCUGUCGGCUGUGGUCAUCGGGAAGUGCCCGUACAGCCAGGAAGCCAUGCAGAGAGCGCUGGUUGGGAGGUGUCAGAAUGUCUCCUCUUUACCCAAAGGCUUUGGAGUUCAGGAAGUGAAAAUACAGCAGUCGGAUUUACUGUUUGAGCAGAGCCGCUGUGCAGUGCAGGCAAAAAGGGCUGGCAGUCCAGGGCGGCUUGUUCCUUGUGGAGCAGCCAUCAGCUGGAGUGCAGUUCCUGAGCAGCCAUUGGAUGUCACUGCCAGCGGCUUUCCGCAGGGAACAACAAAGAAGGGGAUCGGAAGCCUUCAGGCCAGAUCUCGAAUCAGCAAAGUGGAACUCUUUAGAUCAUUCCAGGAGCUGCUAAGCAGUAUUUCAGAGGACAAGUGGCCAGACUCCCUCAGGGUGCGGAAGCUGGAAACAUACCUGGAGUACAAGGAGGCUGCAUCUUCUUACCAGGAAGCCUGGAGCACACUCCGGAAGCAGGCCUUUGGGUCCUGGAUCAGAAACCCCCCGGAUUACCACCAGUUUAAAUGAGAAGAGAAAGUCUGCAAAGAGCUGACUGGUAGCAAGGUAUCUUCCAGCCCUUCAUGCUGGACCAUAGUUUUCCCUUGGUGCUGGAUAAGCCCUAGCUUUUCUUGAGGCUGAAUGAGAAUAAAAAGUCUGCCUUCUACCAGAGCAGCAUAUCUCUUCUGUGCUAGAGGGAUGGAACUGCAGAACAUGGAACAAUCUAUACUUGACUGAGCAGCUGUCUGCGAAAAUGGAAUCUCACUAACGACCUUGGUAUCUAUCUGUCCUGACUUGUUUUUUAUUGCUUCUCUGAAAUAUGAACUAAGAAUUUGAAAUACUAUGAUACUUUAAAAGUGAUGCUCUGCUUUGUAUUCCUACAUUAAUUCAGGAAAUGUAUUGGGCUGAGAUGAUGUUUUCAUCUCUGCAAGUUUACAGCUUUGCCUCGCAUAGUGGAUGUAUAUUUCAUACACCCAGCCUCUCUUCCUUCGGAGAGCCCCCCUUUCCUGCUCAGUGGGAGACUCUGUGCAGCCAUGAGACUUGGUUGAAGCAAACCUUAUUCCUGGCUCCAGGAAUGUGAGCUAGCCCUGGACAGUCCUAGAACUAUUGCCAGAGCUAUCAUGAAAGAUUCUCUCUCCUCUUGUAUCAGGGGCUAUAAGGUCCACAACAUAAUCUUGGAACUGGCCCUCCACAUAAAGACAGCCAGCUUGAGGAUUAAGGCAACCAAGAAUGAAACAGUCAAGAGAAUCAAGGCUCUGGUGACCUUGUUUGGAUGCCUGAAGCUAGUGCCCACCAUGGACUUGAAUUAUGUGAGAUAAAUUCCUAUUGUUUUCAGUAGACCUAGCUGAUCCCAGAGAGACUGCUCCUCCCAGGACUAGCCUAUCUCUACAGAUAGGACGACUCAUCUGUGAGUCUAUAUGCAAACCAACCAAUCCAGAGCUCCUGCUCAAACCAGCUUCUGGGUGGGGCACACUCUGGGCCACCUUCUACCUGCCCUAAUCACCCCAGGGCCAAGUCCCAGAAAGGCAGGGACAGCCUCUGUGCCUCGGCAUACACUAAAAUCAGCCAAACUGGCCAACCCCAAGCCUGCUUCCCUGUCCUGCCCCUUUUCCUCCAUCCCAUAAUGACUCAUGCCCACAUUUCCUUCUCACUCCCUCUGCCUCCUGAUUGACCCUGGUGCUUCCGCGUGUUGCUCCGUGUACCACAGCAUGCUGCCUCCUCCUACAUUUUAUUUAUUUAUUUUUAAUUUUUUUCUUCGUUGAUUAGGGUAUUAUGUAUGUGUCCUUAUUCCCCUAUUGCCUUAUUCUCGCCCCAAAUACCCCAUCCUACAUUUUAAAACUCUCUCAAUGGAGUCACAUGCAUCGGCAGUAAAUUCACCCAACAACAAAGUACAUUCAAACUGUUGCCAAUCAGGAAGCCCACCUGAGCUUUUGGUGCUAAUACAAGACAUCCAACCCUCCACAACAAAGAGUUAUCUGGCCUGAAAGGUCAACAGUGCUGAGGUUGAGAAAACCUGGCCCAGGGAUUAUGUUUUAAAGUCACGACAUAGUUCCUCUAAGUUAUUACUCCAAAUCUACACACUAUUAAUUUUGUCUCAUUUUAUUUUCAGCUAUUGGUGCACAUUACAUUCUUUCCUUUGGAAAUGCUUUGUGAAUAAGCUACAUGAAAUAUUUUGUUUUUUGCAAUGGAUUUAGAAGUGGGAUUUGCUAAAUCAAAGGAUAAAUGAACAUUUAAUUUUGCUUUACUGAAACAUAUCUUCAAAAUUUUGAUUCUAAAUAUGAGUGCAAAAAAUAAAGCAAAAUGCAAGACA